GGGCCGUGUCACAUCUGUUCAAUGAACGAACGAGUGGGCGAAUAUACAAGUCUAGCCAACUUUACCUCAAUUUCAAUAAUUCAGUGACAUUUUCUUCGCGUUAUUACGGUAAAACACCCGGAAAUGUGCGUCUAUUCGGAGGAUACCCCAUUAGAUUCGUGCAUGCAAGCAUGAUACACAGCUCCGUGUUGUCGGUGUGUGUGUUAAAACCGGAGUUUCUGCGUUAAACACGCGAUUAGCGGAAGCGCGCACAUCUCCCGUGACACCGUUUCCGUAGAAACGCGGCGUGUAGUCUUCGUGACAUUGUUAUCCCACGUGUUGCAGAACAAGCGAACCCAUCCAUCGCAGACUCCCGCCACCGACAGCUCCGAGUCGUCGCUGUCACCGCAAGACGACACGACUCCCGCAAACCUCCCCGUUAACGUCGCCCGUUUCUCCUCGAGCCCGUACGAUGAGUGAAUACUUCUCGCUGUCGGAGUGUGAUGUCAUCGGCUUUGAUCUGGACCACACGCUCUGUCGAUACUAUCUGAAGGAGACCUCCAGGCUGAUCUAUGAGAGCUUUGCACGGUAUCUGGUGGAGCACAAGGGCUAUGAUAAAGAUCUGCUCCAUCUAACACCUGCCACUUGGGAUUUCUGUUUUAAAGGUCUUGUGGUGGACCUUGAGGAGGGCAACCUGGUCAAGCUGGCAGAGGAUGGCACCGUUUUGAGGGCGACUCACGGCACAAAAAACCUGAGCACAGAUGACAUCGUAAAGCAUUACGGCCCAAAGCGAGAAUGGAAGCAUUUUAAUAGCCUUAAUACUUCAUACACUCGAUCUGCAAAAUACUAUUUUUACGACAACUACUUUGACCUGCCCGGUGCUCUUCUCUGUGCCAGAGUGGUGGAUAUGAUGAAUAAGCAAGGAACUGAAAUCACAUCUGACUUUUGGAAAGACAUCGUUGCUGCCAUUGAUCAUAAUUACAACACAUCUGCAUUUCGCGAGGACACAGGGACGUAUUUCCCCAGUGUGAAGCGCUGUCCCGGCCGGUACCUGCAGCCCUGUUCUGACACGGUCAAGAGAUGGUUAAGGAGCAUCAAAAACAGCGGCAAAAUCCUGCUGCUCAUCACCAGCUCACACUCCGACUACUGCAGGCUGGUGUGUGAGCACAUACUCGGAUCGGACUUUGAGGAGCUGUUUGACAUCAUUAUUACUAACGCUCUGAAGCCUGGAUUUUUCUCUCUGGUUCCACAGCAAAGGCCUUUCAGAACACUGGUGGACGAUGUUGAAGAUAGCGAAGGACUGCCGUCUCUGGAAAAGCCUGGAUGGUAUUCACAGGGCAACUGGCCUCACCUACACGAACUGCUGAAGACCAUGACCAACAAAGCAGAGCCCAAGGUGGUGUAUUUCGGAGACAGCAUGCGCUCGGACAUGUUCCCGGCCUGCAGCUUUGGGAAGUGGGAGACGGUGAUGAUUGUGGAGGAGAUGGAGGGAGAGGGCGUCCCACGAGCGAACGCCUGUCCCAGUAACAGCAGCAGCGGCGGCCCGAGCGAAGGCCCUGCGGAGAAAAAGGCCAAGUUUGAGGAUCAGGGAAUGAAAUCUCCGUCAGAUUCCUCAAAGCAGUGGGGCUCGUAUUUUGUGGAUGUGCAGAAGACUGAAGGAGAGGAAACGCAGAAGCUCACCUGGUGCUGCCACAGCAUCCACACAUACAGCACCAUGGCUAUACCCAGCAUCGAGGCGAUAGCAGAUCUUCCUCUAGACUUUAAGUUCCAGCGAUUUUCCUCAGAGAAGCCGAUCACGACAGGAUAUUACCCCAGACCUCCAGACUCGCUGCUGAAACGGGAAGAGAACUUGUCCUGAAGCCUGGCGUCCGUCUGUGCAGACAAGGAGAUUGUUUCACCGUUAACAUUUCCAAGCUUCACCAGAGCCAUCCAUUCGUCCAGUCAGUGAUACAGCUGUGUGAAUGUACCAUCCAGAGCAUUGUCUGUGUGCCUCCUCCUCACCUCUUCCCAAAUCACUGCGGUAUUACACAGUCUGAAGUGGUGUCUGUAAACGGUACAUGCGGAAUAGGAAGUCACAAUGUAUUGUGUCUCAUCCAGCGCUCACUACCAUUAAACUACUUUUAAUGGUGUACCGAAAAGAGCACAGCCUUUCGGUGAGCUGUGUGUGUGUUUUACUCUGAUUUUAUGAAGGGAAUGUUACCUCAGAGGAUCUGUUCUUGAAAACGCUUUCUGCAAGAAAGCAAGCACAAAUUGUAUUCAUGCAAUCCAGAAACAGCCGUGAGGUCUUUGUUUCUUUGGUGAUUGUUUGAUGUUUUUAAGUGUCGUAACCUGCAAGUUUAUUGUCCAAUUGUGUGCUCGGUUUUAUUUUUUCACCAUUUGAUUAUGAUUUCAGGGUCUUCGAUGUACUGUACCACACAUCUCUGUGAUAAAAGAAGAAAUGGAGGUCCUCCUAAAAACGCCAGAAGAGUAUUAGAGGAAUAGUUUAGCUAAAACUAGAAAUCAGCAUUAUUUACUCGCCAUGGUGAAGUCGCUGUGCUGUUGUUGGCUCUCAAAUCCUCCAUGCUGCUUUCUCCACACAACACCAGCUCCAAAUAAAAAGCACAAAACUUUACCAUGAUACUGUUGCAUUUCAAGACUUUUAAUCUCUCAGAAACUUAAAUAGUCUCACUUUACAACCUCCCUAGAGUUGAGUUUUACCAUUUCUGAAUCCAUUUAGCCAGUCUUCGGGUCUGCCGAGAGCACUUUUAGCUUAGCUUAGCAUAAAUCAUUGAAUCAGAUUAGACCGUUAGCAACUCGCUCAAAUAUUUCAAGACUUUUAUUAACAAAAACGUUAAAUAGGCUUAUUUUACAGCUCCCCUAGAGUUGAAGAGUUGAGUUUUACCAUUUUUUAAUCCAUUCAGCCGAUCUCCAGGUCUGGCAAGAGCACCUUUAGCUUAGCUUAGCAUAACUCAUUGAAUCAGAUUAGACCGUUAGCUUCUCGCUCAAAUAUUUCAAGACAUUUGAUCCCACAAAAAGUUAAAUAGACUCACUUUACAGCUCCUCUUGUUGAAGAGUUGAGUUUUAUCGUUUUUGAAUCCAUUCAGCUGAUAUCAAGGUCUGGCGAGAGCACUUUUAGCUUAGCUUAGCAUAAAUCAUUAAAUUGGAAUAGACUGUUAGCAUCUCGCUCAAAUGUUUUAAGACUUUUAAUAACAAAAACGUUAAAUAGGCUCAUUUUACAGCUCCCCUGGAGUUGAUGAGUUGAGUUUUACUAUUUAUGAAUCCAUUCAGCUGAUCUCCGGGUCUGGCAAGAGCACUUUUAGCUUAGUUUAGCAUAAAUCAUUGAAUCAGAUUAGACCGUUAGCACCUUGCUAAAAUAUUUCAAGACUUUUAAUUCCACAAAAAGGUAAAUAGUCUCACUCUACAGCUCCUCUUGUUAAAGAGUUGAGUUUUACCGUUUUUAAAUCCAUUCUGCCAAUCUCCAGUUCUGGCGAGAGCACUUUUAGCUUAGUUUAGCAUAAAUCAUUGAAUCGGAUUAGACCGUUAGCAUCUCGUUCAAAUAUUUCAACACUUUUAAUCCCACAAAAAGUUAGAUAGGCUCACUUUACAGCUCCUCUAGAGUUGAUGAGUUGAGUUUUACCAUGUUUUGAAUUUAUUCUGCCAUACUCCGGUUCUGGCGAGAGCACUUUUAGGUUAGCUUAGCAUAAAUCUUUGAAUAGGAUUAGACCGUUAGCAUCUCGCUUAAAUAUUUCAAGACUUUUUAACCAACAGAAAGUUAAUCAGGCUCACUUUACAGCUCCUCUAGAGUUGAUGAGUUGAGUUUUACCCAUUUUAAAUACAUUCAGCCGAUCUUCGGGUCUGGCAAGAGCACUUUUAGCUUAGCUUAGCAUAAGUCAUUUAAUCGGAUUAGACCGUUAGCAUUUCGUUCAAAUAUUUCAAGAAUUUUAAUCUCACAAAAAGUUAAAUAGACUCACUUUAAAGCUCCUCUAGAGUUGAUGAGAUGAGUUUUACCGUUUUUGAAUCCAUUAUGCCAAUCUCCGGUUCUGGCGAGAGCACUUAUAGCUUAGCUUAGCAUAAAUCAUUGAAUCGGAUUAGACCAUUAGCAUCUCGUUCAAAUAUUUUAAGACUUUUAAUCCCACAAAAAGUGGCUCACAAAAAAAUUGUGGCUUACAAUCCACAGCUUCUGCUAUUAUGGUUGGACCUGCUGCUUCUCUGAGGAGUUUCAGCCGAAUCCAGCACUGAACUGGGAGAGAUUCUGGAAGCUCUCCUUUAUCAAAUGCUAAAGCUAUAUCUGUUUUAUAAUUCUCUAGAACAUAACUAAAUUAAACUGUAAGCUCUUCUCUAUUUGUAUCGUGUCCAGAAGAAGCUCUGUAGAAACAGCAGCAUUUGGACGCCAUUUUAGCUUUUUCUACUGUAACAUUACAGCGCCUCUGGCCACGCCCCUUCACUGCGCAGGGUGUGUGUGCAUAACCUGAAGGGUUUAUGACAUCAUUAACCCGGAUGUAUUUUUUGUAGUCCCAAAAGUUCGUUGGCUGCAGGCUUGGCUAAGCUAACUCUGUAAAAGCCAACGUCUCCCUUUGCUUUGAGCUUUGAGCGUCUCACAUGCAGAGAUGUUUAUGUGCACACAGCUACAUUACACAACUAAAGCUUAUUAAAUGAUAGUGUAAUGGACCACCCUUUUAAUGGAGAUUGAUUAGGGAUUAUUGAUUAUUAUUUUUUCAUUAAAUAUUCCGUUUCGUCAUGCAAAAUGAUUCAAACACUUUAAAUGUGUAAGGAAUAAGAAUGUUCUGGAUUUGGGGAAUAUAUCACAUUGGUUUCUUCCCAGGCAUGAAGAAAUUUGAAGCAACACAAGGUGAGUCAAGAGUGGCUUUUCAUUUUUGGUUGAACUAUUCCUUGUAAAUGCCUUUUGUUUCAGGUCUUCACUGUUUUUGAAUGAAGAUUGGUGUGUUUUUAUUAUUAUUAUUCAUUCUCCUGUGUAUGUACUGUUGUUGUAACAUUGUGUAAAAGCUAAAUUAAUGUGCUGUCGGGUGAUAGUCAAUGUAAAGAGUCUGUCAUGCACAGGACCAGCGUUGAAUGGUGCCAAGCUUUAUUCACCCAUUCAGUGGUUUUAUGUGUCAGGGCACUUGUCAUUUGUUUGAUCUGUGUGCUGGCCCUGGGCUUUAAUAAUGAUCUGUUUCGAGCAAUGUAAGUGGAUUUGGUGUUCUUUUAUAUGUGGAGUGCUCUGAUGAGGUUUCUGCUAUGAUGGAUUUUAGAGACGCUGCAUGUUACGAUUGUUACAGUGCCUGAAACUGAGCUAGGUGGCGCUAGGCAGCUCUUCGCAGUGGCUACAGAAGUGUGGAAAUCCUCAUCGUAAGCAUGGUGACCUAUUUUUCUCAAAUUAAAAAAACAAAGUGUCUCUUCUGCUGUAUGUUGUGAGUAGCAAUAGUUGUUCAUUGAGUGCAGGGAAGGUGUUCAUAUGUGCCGAAUAAAACAAUAAAGAAAUAAUAAAGA